GGUGGAUUCAGGCAGACCACAGGAAUUGGGUGGUCUCGGCCAGGACUCGGGAACGAUGUCGCAACAACUCCUCUACCGUGCUCUGGUGUCUGCAAAAUGGCUCGCGGAAGCCAUCAGGUCCCAGCAGGCUGGCCUGGCCUUGAGAAUCGUGGAUGCAUCUUGGUAUUUGCCAAAGAUGAAGCGUGACCCGAGGCGGGGGGUUGAGGAGCGCCACAUCCCCGGUGCAGUUUUCUUUGACAUUGACCAGUGCAGCGACCGUACUUCGCCUUACGAUCACAUGCUGCCGAAGGCUGACGACUUUGCCGAGUACGUGGGGAAGCUGGGCGUGGGGAAUGAUUCCCAUGUUGUGGUGUACGAUGGCAGCGACCAAGGUCUCUUCUCGGCACCCCGAGUGUGGUGGAUGUUCCGGGCCUUCGGACAUGAAGCCGUCUCUCUUCUGGAUGGCGGCCUGAAGAACUGGCAGCGAGAGGGGAAUGCGCUGAGCUCUGGGAAAAGCCAGGUAGCUCCCUCUGAGUUCCACGCCGCCUUGGACAAGUCCCUGGUGAAAACGUACGAGGACGUCUUAGAUAACUUGGAUUCCCACCGCUUCCAACUAGUGGAUGCACGCGCCGCAGGACGGUUCCGGGGAGUAGAGCCAGAGCCCCGAGAUGGAACUGAGCCUGGUCAUGUCCCUGGGUCGAUGAACAUCCCCUUCACUGAUUUCCUCACAGAGUCUGGCUUAGAGAAGACCCCCGAGCAGAUCCGCAGUCUGUUCCAGGAGAAGAAGGUGGACCUCUCAAAGCCGGUGGUAGCCACAUGUGGCUCUGGGGUCACUGCCUGCCAUGUGGCUCUGGGGGCAUACCUCUGUGGCAAACCAGACGUCGCCGUGUAUGACGGGGCCUGGGUGGAAUGGUACAUGAGGGCACAGCCGGAAAAUAUUAUUUCUGAGGGAAAGGGGAAGACCGUGUAAUGGGUUGCUUUGUGUCCCUCCUGUGCAGAUAAUUUGCCUUGAAACAGGAUUUGGACAAGAUGG